AUGGCAGAGCAACAAACAAUUACACAGGGGCUAGGCCUUGAUAACGCUUACCUCGACACACAAAGGACUGGAGAGCUGGACAGUCCUGGCAGAGCAGCCAUAAACCCGCUGGGCGUCCGUGCACUAGACCCGCAGCUGACUCUGACCCGAACUUCCGGCUACCCCCUCCGGGAGAUGUCGUAUAAAGACGGGGGCAGCCGGAAGUUCGGCCAAGCGUUGAGACCCGGACGGCAGGACGAACGAUUCAGGAAACGCCUCCCUCACGCCACAGAAACGCCACCGGAGCACAUGGACCCCGCCGCCCUCGACCUCACCCCCCUCGUCAACGCCUUGAUCAACUCCAGCCAAUCAGGCUCCCGGCAGCUCUUCUCCCUGCUCAGCGUGACGUCACACAGCUCCCUGGCACUGCACAAACUCACCCUCCUGGUCUACAACAUUUCAGGCAUCCGGAGUCUGGAGGCCCAGGCCUUCAGGAGGAGGUUCUGCUACUGCGUCACCAACGAGACCAACGAUCUAACGGACUUCACCGCUCUUCUCCUGGACGUGAUGGGAAACUCCACCAGCUACGUCCACGAGCUCUUCAAGUCCUCCUCCAUCCUGUCAGUGAGUCAGAGGAACAACUCAGGCUGCAUCUACAUCUGCGUGAUGGCAGGGAAGUCGGACAGCGAGGUGUCUGCGUUGUGGGAAUCCGGCUCCGUCUCUCCGUUGUUCAACCAGACGGUCGUGGAAGGACCAGACGCAGCGGCCAACUUCUCCUCCCUCAGACUUCCUGCUGGAUGGCUCCAACUGCCCACUGAUCCGAGUCACGUCUCUCCAUCUGGGACCGGCAGAGUCGGGUCCAACGCCCUCGCUCCACCAGACGACGCCCCUCAGCCUCCAACGGCCGUCGGGCCUCAGAGUUCUGCUGCAGCUCCGUCCAGAACCUGGACGACCCAACGGUUCCCAGGUCUCGGCAGGACCGCUCACAGCUCAGCAGAACCGGCGGCGGCGCCACGGACUCCAGCUGCAGAGGAAACGAGUGUCUCAGCGCCGGUCUGGACCUCGGGCCGACCAGCGCCGGUGACGGCCGAACUUCCCGACCCAGUCGCGGCUAUGCCAGCUCCUCGGGUCACCGCGCCGCCUCUUAAAGCCACGACGUCUUCCCCGGCGACGGGUCCGGGCCCGCCGACCACGACUGCAGGUCCAACAAAGAUGGUGGUUCCUGGACAGGGACAGUCGGUCCAAACCGCCGCAGCAACCAGAACAUCUGGUCCUGGCAGAACCACGACCAACACACCUCUGGGAACAGAACAGCCAGGUUGUCCCUGGAGGAGGCCGGGGCCGAGGCUCGGCGGGUCCGGCCCCGGCGGCCCGGCGGCCAUCAGCCCUCUGCAGCUGCAGCCCUGCGUCCUGGAGCUCUGCAGGUUCUACUCCCGCUGUCUCUGCAGACCUGCCGGCCACCAGACAGCCAUGAAAAGGUACUGCGACGACAGCCACCUCUGGUACGAGCAUCACGCCACCGAAGUGUGUCGGCGCGUCGGGAGAGUCUCCGUCUCCAGAAGUCUGAAGCAGAGAUGCCUGACGAAGAUGUGCAAGAAAGUGUGACCAGAGAGGAAGCCGAGGGAAGCUAGGACCCUGAGGCAGCCGGCGGCGG